AUGGGAAAAGACCCAGCGCCACUAGUUUGGGCCCACGGGCUGCCAUGGAUUGUGGUCAACCGAGGAUCCGUCGUCUUGGGUGGAAGACUGCUAGCAGACCGCGUGGCACCUCUGAGCAGCAAGAGUGAUGCCAAUGUUGCCAGCAAGGGAGCCUGGUCCGUUGGCCUUAUACUAGCUCCCAAGGAGUUUGUCGACAUAAAUAACCAGUGGGCACGACAGUUGGAGACUCGCAGCGGAGAAGCCAACAUACGCGACGGACAGCAACUCAUGGUUCCUCGCAAUACAUUUGGGCUUAGCUACCAACAGCUAUCGAAAGGAAGCCGGCACACCAUGUCAAUACAAAUGAUCUCCGAGUAA